AUGUGGCCAUUCGCGCCGUCCUACCCCACAGUCCACGCGGCCGAUAUCCACGACCAAACCUUUGACUACAUUAUUGUCGGCGGCGGCACAGCAGGCUGCGUCCUAGCCUCGCGCCUCUCUGAAUCUCCCAACGUCUCCGUCCUCCUCCUCGAAAAAGGCCGAGUACACGACAACUUCCUCUCUCGCAUACCCCUUCUCUCGCAGAACUUCGAAUUCCCGUUCCUCCAGUCUGUCCGUCGCGACUCCGACCCGAUCCCCGCUGCCAAUGGCAGACGAGCAGCACUCUGGACCGCUGAGGCCUUGGGCGGGGCGACACGAAUCAAUGCUUUGUUAUGGACAAGAGGGGUAGCGGGCGGGUAUAACGCUUGGGCAGAGGAGUAUGGACUAGAGCACUGGAGCUGGGAUAUGGUCGAUCCGUGGUUUAGGAAGACCGAGGAUGUGGUCAAGACUAGGAAGCCGGGGUUCGAGCUAGGGUGUAUACCGUUUGUGGAGAAGGCGGCAAGGAGGGUUGGGUUACCUGUGGGGGAGGGGGUGAAUGAUGCAGGUGCAAGCGCACAAGGAUGCUUUGUGAUGGAUCAGACUGUUGAUGGGAAGGGUCAGAGAGUGUCGGCGUAUAAGGCUUGGUUGCCGAGGGAGACGGCGAGGGAGAGGAAGGGGUUGAAGAUCUGUACCGGAGUGGUAGCUUCGACCCUUUUCUUCAGCAAGGAUGGGACACGGGUGACGGGUGUGAGGGUUCGAGAAGGUGGCCGCGAGUACACGGUCAAAGCCCGAAGGGAGGUCAUUGUCUGCAGUGGGACCAUCUGUACGCCCCAGCUCCUGAUGCUGAGUGGCAUCGGACCUCGCCACCAUCUCGAGUCCCUCGAGAUCCCAGUCAUCCAUGACCUCCCAGCAGUAGGACAGGGUCUCUCCGACCAUACAUCAAUCCCCAUCAUCAUGGAGCUCCCACGCAAACAUACCCUCCACUGCCUAGAAAGCGCCUUCGUCUUCCUCUGGCACCUCCUCCUCUACCUCUUCUUCGGCAAAGGCCUACUCGUCAAUGGAACCACCCCCCGCAGCAUCUUUGUACACACCGCAGCUCUCGACGAGAAUACAAUGACCGUUCGACACAACGACGACUCAGACCAAGACACCAUGGACGCUUCUCUUCCUCAGAAUAUCCCGGACGUCGAGAUCAUGAUCAACCCCGUCAACUGCCUGACCGUGAACAUCUCCGGCAAGUCACUUUUCACGUGGUACACGACGCUCAUCCAACCGUAUUCCAGGGGGCAUGUCAAGCUUGCGUCUUCUGAUGACCCGUUGGCUGAUCCGAAGAUCUGUUACCCGAUGAUGAGCGAUGACAGAGAUCGAGUGACGAUGAGGAAGGCGGUGCGGUUCACUAUGCGAUUGGCGGAGGAGUUUACGAACACGGGGUAUCCGUAUGAGGCACCACUGAUGAUUGCGCCGGGAAUGGAUUUGGUGUAUUUGGACGCUCUUUACGAGCCCAAGACGGGAUUGUUGCAGAGGCUCCAGAGGAGGAAGAAGCCAGCAGAUGAGGAACCCGUCCCUGUGCCUGGUAAAGAAGACCUCUUGACUGGAGCCGGACAACCAUCUGUUUCCACGUCCACCAACAGCGAACCCAACAAGCAGCACUUUCAAAAAUCGAAUUGGCGCACAAUCAUGGACAACGAGAUAGACGCCUACGCCUCCCGCCGUGUUUCCCAAGAUCCCGAGUGCGCAUACGAUGGGACCGGUGGUCAUGGUUGCGGAACGAUGCGCUGA